UCAUAAGUCUUUCUUUUAUCUCUCUAAUUCUCUCUCUAUAGGCAUUUGUAUAUAUACUAGUAUCACCAGUUUUACUUGUAAAGACUCCAUCCUCAUCUGAUCUCCUUUCAAGAAGAAGAGAAGUAGAAAUAAUAAAAAUGCCUUGUUCACUCCAGCUAAAACGGAUCAACCCUACAACCGCCACCCCCGCCGCCACACUCGCCGUAAAUUUCCACAAACAUCCUCAGCCCACGUGGGUUAUCCCCGUUCCCAUCUCUAAUAUCCCCAAAUAUCUCCUACAUUACCACACUCACGUUGUAGAUCCCAACCAGUGCUGCUCCGCCGUAGUGAAAUCCAUCUCCGCCCCGAUUGACGCCGUGUGGUCCCUAGUCCGCCGUUUCGACAACCCGCAAGCGUACAAGCAUUUCCUCAAGAGCUGCCACGUCAUCGGCGGCGAUGGAAACGUCGGCACGUUGAGGGAAGUUCGCGUAAUUUCCGGCCUUCCCGCCGCUUCUAGUAUGGAGAGGCUGGAGAUUUUAGACGAUGAGAAGCACGUCAUCAGUUUCAGCGUAGUCGGCGGCGAUCAUAGGUUGAAUAAUUACCGGUCGGUGACUACUUUGCACCCAUCGUCAACGGUUGCGGAUGAUAACAGGACGGUGGUGGUGGAAUCGUACGUGGUGGAUAUUCCACAAGGGAAUACUGAGGAAGAAACGUGUGUAUUUGUAGAUACAAUUGUACGUUGCAAUUUGCAAUCGCUAGCGCAGAUCGCAGAGAACAUGGCUACAAGCAAAAGUAAAUCAAAAUGACUAAUUAAUCCCCUUAGAAUUUGUAUAUUUCAUUUAGUCCCCCAGAUUUCUUUUUUAAGUUUUUUGUUGUACAAUUUUAUUAUUUUUAAUUUUGGGAUGUUAGUUAGAGUUGUCAAUGUUGUAAAUCAUGAAGACCGAGAAUGAAUGUUUCAUAGAUUGAUAGAUAUUUAAGCUUUUGUUUGCUUAGGAGGUUUUAACUUAAGUUGCCUUCAUAGUUAAUAGCGUUGGUGCUUUUGUAGCCCGUAUACACCGUUACAGUACUCUUGCAGCGGUGAAAAUUUCCAAAUGUAACUAUAUUAAAUUUUUUCAUUCAUAAUGAUAUAUCCUGAGAGGGGUGUAUUAU